GUGAACUUUUACGUCAUUUUAAUUUGAAAAAUGACGUACGAUAAGGUACUUCCCCAUUGGCAAAACGAUAUUCUUUACUUGAUUUCGUACACACCCAUUUAGCUGGAACAUUUUCGUUUUCUGAGAUUAAGUUGUUUCUGUAGUAGAUCUUACAAAUACCAUGAAAGUUUUGGCGCUUGAAUACGACUUGGAACCAUUGUACUUAUGCCCUAAAUCACUAUGUGCAAAAGAAAACGGUUUGUGGGAAGAAAGACACGAGGAGAACGACAACAACUUAUUCGAAUCCGGAUGUUAUGCAUUGAUGGUGAACGGUUUCUCGUCCAAUCUUUACUUUGCUGAGAAUGUCCAGGAAAAUUCUCAUUUACAAAGUGCGUUAAAAUCGUUGCCAGGUUGCAAUUUCAGCAUAAUUACAACAAUGUCUUUUACUGUGGAUCAAUCUGGUAACCAGACGUCGUACACAGAAGGUUUUGCAUUGCUGUUAAAUAAAGAUGAUGAUAAUAAGAAGAUCAAAGAAAAUCUUAUUGCUCACUUAGAUACCAAUAGGGUCAAGUUUAAUAUUUCAAGGAUUUUCAACAAAGGAAACACAAUGUGGUACAAAGAGUACUCCGAUAACGAUUCCCUACAGCAAGAAAUUGAGGUGGUUGCAGUGAAACAACCCAAGUGUCAUCCUGCAUACAACAAGCGUGAAACUAACUCUGUAUACCAUGAUCAGGCUCGUGUCCAAUCUGUUCUAGACACUUUUAAAAGCAUGAAUGAGGUGCAAGAGCUUAAAGAAAUUUAUGACGGAAAAAUGUUGAACAUAAAGCCUUUGAAAAGAGAUCAUCCUAUUAUUGUUAUUGAAGGAUUGGAUGCAACUGGUAAAUCAACUUUAACUGAAAAUUUGGCUAAACGUUUGAAUGGUUGUGCACGCAAAUCGCCACAAGACUGUGUCCUGCAUUUACGAAAAACGUUUGACAGUCAUUUUCAAUUGCUCAGAAGGGCAUACUAUGCCAUUGGAAAUUAUGCUUUUGCUGCACAAGUGCUACAUGAUGCACAAAGUGGGCCUGUUGUGUGUGAUAGGUUCUGGCACAGUACAGCUGCAUACGCGAUUGCUACUGAUGUGAAGGUGGGAGAUGAAACUCACUUGCCACCAGCAAGACACUGGGUGUAUUCGUGGCCUCCCGACUUGUUAAAACCAGAUAUAGUAAUACUCUUAACAAUAUCCGAUGAAUUACGACGAUGUCGUUUAGAAGGUCGGAACACUGAGAAGACUGAUGAAGAAAUUCGGAUGGAAAAAUCUCGACUCUUCCGUCAAAGGAUAGCUGAGGUAUACAAGCGAAUGGAUAACCCUGCACUAGUUGAGCUUGAUGCAAGCGGCUCUGCUGAAGAACUAUGCAACAAAGCAGUUGAACUGCUGUCUGAUAAGCAUAUUAUUACCAUUUAAUGCAGAACUUUUGUUCUUAAGAAUAUUGUUAAGUAUCAUAAUUUAUUACUGUACUUUAGAAUAUUGUAGUUUAAAAGUAUAUUUCAUAAAGUAUAUUGAAUAAAUAUCUCAUGAAUAAUUUUCCAACUAUUAUUAAUCGUUUUUGUUCCAGCAUGAAACAGGCUUUUUACAUUCUUUAUCUUACCUAAGAGUAGGAUUGAACUUUCACUACUGUACUUAAAAAUAUUAUCGUUAAAGAGUAUAUUAUAUAAAGUAUAAUGAAUAAAUAUGUCAUGAGUAUUAUUUCAACUAUUAUUAAUCGUUUGUUCCAGCAUGUAGCAGGAUUUUUAGAUUCUUUAUCUUACUUAAGAGUAGGAUUGAACUUUCGCUACUGUACUUAAAAAUAUUAUCGUUAAAGAGUAUAUUUCAUAGAGUAUAAUGAAUAAAUAUCUCAUGAGUAUUAUUUCAACUAUUAUUAAUCGUUUUUGUUUCAGCAUGUAGCAGGCUUUUUAGAUUCUUUAUCUUACCAAGAAAUUUAUGCAUAUUACCGGUGUCUGCUUGAUGAUCACCCAUGUUUGCUUAAAAUCUUUUAUUUUCUACUAUUUUUUAGUUCCAUCAUUUAUGCACUUGAUUAUAAUUGGUCGUUUAUUUUCCUAAAUGCACAAAAUCUAUUUUCUACAACAUGUGUUCAUAAACCAAUUUCUCAGCAGUGUGAGAAAUAAAAUGUG